AUUUAGAAAUAUGCAGGGAGUGUGGGUACGUGUGGCCCGAGCUGGCUUGCUGUUUGCCGUCCCUACAACUCUUUCAUACAAGGUCUUUGCUGCAGAAGAUAAACAGUUGGUGAAGAGAAAUGAACUCCCAAUCUAUGAUGUUCCCAGCAAUGAUGACGCAAAGUAUGAAUAUGUUGAUGAACAUAUAUCUGGCUUUCGAGAAAAUGUUUCAACAGUAAGACGUCAAGUUUGGACCUAUAUGGCUAGAUUUAAGGAAACAACUGACAGAAUAAAAGAAAUAUAUGAAACUGGGAAGGCCCACACUCAAGGUACAAUAUAUUACAUCCAGAAUGACCCUGGCAUCCUACCAAGAGCAGGUGUUAUUACAGUAGCUGGCUUGGGAGGAAUAGUGGCAGGUUAUAAAGGUGGUGUUUUAAAGAAGGGCACCUAUAGUGUUAUAUCCAUGACGGCUGCCCUGUCACUUUGCUACCCAAACCAAGCUGUGGACAUCACCAGGAGAGGCUACAAGAGAGUCAUUCUGGAGGCAAGACAAGUUUUAAACAUCCCAGAAAAGCCAGCUGUUCAACCUGAUGAGUUACUAAAGCCCCAGACAACAUCUCAAGUAGCACCUAAAGGUUUCUAUGACAACAAGAAGGAAGAUGAAGAGUGUGAACAUUGCAAGAGUGAGAGUAAACCAGGUACCCCUGCCAAGGACACCAUAGUGCCACCUCCAACUUCAGCCACUACCCCCAUCACAGGUGACAAGGGACAGAGUAAGGAUGAAGAUAAGGAUAUGUACACAACUAGGAGUUGAAGUUAAAUGCUGAACUGUUAUGUAGACUUCAAAUGUAGAUAGCUAGGAAAUUGUUAAUAUGUAAAUCUGUCAAACUAUAGUUUGGACACUAAAUGGGUUUGGGAUUGAGUUUAGCGUCUUAUUAUACUGCAGAUUGUGUUUGUCAUUUGGUUAAUGUCUAAAAGGGACUCCUGAACAACACAACAAUUCAGAAUGUUUCCAUCAAGAGAGUAGGAUUAUUGUUAAGUAAUUUGUUAAAUGCUUCAUACUUGUAUAAGAGAGAUACAAUUUUAAACUUUUUGCCAAAGUGGAAUCACACAGUCAAAUCAUUAACUUAUAUAUACAUGGUAAUAAAAUCAACAGAAUUACUCGUGUUUCUACAUUUCAAAAAUAUUAUUACUUUUAUUCAUCACAGAAAACAUGUAUACAGUCAAUUAUACACUGUUAUAGACAUCAUUGCACUACUUUGAUUCAGUCAAUAAUUUCUAUAUGACUACAUGAUUGAAAUAAAUUAUUUAUGCUACACAUAAUUUAUUAGUUUUCAUUGAUUGUAAUUAAUUGUCCUAUUACAAAAUACAACACAAUGUAAGGUACUAUACUCUAUACUAUCAUAUAAGGUGCUUUAUUCAUAUAGCCCUUCUAUAUAAGUGCUAUAUUCUAAAUGACCCUACCAUCUAAGGUGCUAUAUUUUUAUAUAGUAUAACAAGGAGAAUUGAUUCCCAGGGACACAACUCGAUAUUAGACCUUGUCAUUGAUCGAUAUCAACAUUGAAAAUGCCUUCAGUAUCUUUAUUUUCAGGCAUUAUAACUGACUAUAAAUUCAUAAUUAGCGAUCCAAAAG